AUGCCUGUUUUUGCAGAUUUUAUGAAGCAUGGUGUACAAAGUUCUAAAUAUAAACACAUUCCUAAUGCAAAGGUAGAUAAGCAGGGGACAAAUGGUACUUACAACAUAGAUGCAGAAGAUCCGGCCUGUAGUAACUGGUUACGAUUCGUUAAUUCUCCCGCCAAAUAUCAACAGGAAAAUGUUACUAUCACGUGCGAGGGCCUCGUCUUCUAUAUGACGUCACGUGACGUAGAGCCGGGUGAAGAGCUUCUUAUCUGGUAUGGAGACGGAUAUGGGAGGCUUUUAGGCGUAAACCGCAUACAUGCGGAAGUUGAUCUCAACGGUUCAUUUGCAUUUCGUGCCAAUGUUUUGACAUUUGACGACAAUGAAAGACUCAUUUUUGAUAAUUGGACACCAGUGACGUAUCAGAACUGGAAUCCUAACGAUGAGGGCGAGACAGCAGUUGACCCAAUCUUUGGCCUCCUUUUGACUUAUCAUAACGACGGCAGGUGGCGCUGGGUGACUGAGAGAAACUACACGUACUAUACAGGAGAAGACGGACUAAAACUUCCCUUUAUUUGUGAGGAUUCUCCAUUUUAUUUGGAGCAUGAAGAGUGUUCUGUUACAUAA